CAAGUCAUCCGCAGGAGCGGAGGCAACGUGCUGGCGAAGGCCCCGGUGGAGAAGAUCCUCCUGGAUUCCCAGGGCAGAGCCUGCGGCGUGGGGGUCAGGAAGGGUCAGGAGGUGGUGAACGUCUUCGCCCCCCUCGUCAUCUCCGACGCCGGGAUCUUCAACACCUACCAACGGCUCCCCCCCGCCCCGGGCCGGGCACUGCCCCGGAUCCAGUCUCAGCUCAGCAUGGUGACGCACGGCCAAGGGGGUUUCACCGUCUUCGUGGGGCUGAGGGGCUCCAGGGAAGAGCUGGGGCUGGAGGCCACCAACUAUUUCCUGUACCCAGGGAACGACCUGGAUGGAAUGAUGAAUCGUUACUUGGCUUCCUCCAGAGAAGAAGCUGCCAAGAACAUCCCUGCCCUGUUUGUCACCUGCCCCUCGGCCAAGGACCCCACGUGGGACACCAGGCACCCAG